AGUUUUUACUUCUAUAUGUAAAAAGGAUCAAAUAUACUUGUAUUCUAUGUGAAUAGAGUGGUUCGAGGUUGCCAUCUUGGAUAGUUAUUUCUCCCAGUUUGGUGCAACCUGAAACCAAAAAGCAUUGGCAAUUUUAGAUAAAUAGUGCCAGCCAACUGUCAGUUUACAUUCUCCUCUUUGUUUAAAAAAAUGGGUAGGUGUUAUUGCUGUGUUGAAAACUGUUCUAACAAAGAAGGGAAUCAUACAGUUUUAAGUUUUUUUUCUAUUCCCAAAGUGAAUGUGCACUCUAAAGUGAAUUCUGCUGUGGCUAUUCGAACCCAAAACCGACGAAAAAAGUGGCUUGAAAUUAUCGAUCCUUUAAACAAGCUAGAUUUGUCACGUACAAAUUUGGUCUGUUCUAAGCAUUUUGUCUCAGGGUCACCCGUAGAUGAUUGUGAAGAUGUAGAUUGGGUUCCUUCACUGAUGAUAAAUGAUGACAAUGACAUUCAAGAAAAUAACGAAGAAGUUAAUGCUAGCAAUUCUAAAUGUAACUUGAUUGAUGUCAUCGAAGAUGAUCACAUUAUUGAUUCAGUUGUCUUUAAAAACUAUUUAGAAGCUAAUACGAGUGAUGUGCAAGAAGAACAUCAAUCUUAUCGUUCUGUGGCUUUCUUGGAAAGUGAAAUAUUACACCUAAAAUUGGAGUGUGAAAAGUUGAAGGAAGAAAAGACGAGAUUCAUGGAUCAACUCAAGGAUUCCUCAAACCAAAUUCUUGAGUUAACAAAGGAGGUAAAAAACCUAGACCAAAUUAACCAACAAAAAAUUGCGGAUACUGACAUAAGUAAAUUCAUUAUUAAUAAUGACAAGCGUUGUAAAUUUUACACUGGCAUCGACUCUUAUGAAAAAUUAAUUGCCUUAUUUGACUUCAUCGAACAAUCUGCUCCGAAACCACAUCCACUAGAAGUCCUCACGCAUUUCCAACAGUUUGUCCUAACCCUAGUAAAAUUACGUUUAAAUCUCAGGCUUGAAGAUCUUGGACAUCGAUUUAACAUAGCAAAGUCUACCGUCUCUAAAUAUGUGCACAUUUGGGUCACAGGCAUGUAUCAAGUAUUCGUACCAACAUUUCCAUUUUGGCCGGGUGAACGAGAAGUAAAAGCUACACUUCCGAUGGUUUUUCGUGAACAUUUUGAGCGCUGCAUCUCAAUUAUUGAUUGCUUUGAAAUUUUUGUCCAGCGAUCUACCAAAUUCAAAGAGCGCACUUCAACGUUUUCAUCCUAUAAACAUCACAACACAAUCAAAUACUUGAUUUCUCUUACUCCACAAGGAACUGUAUCGUUUAUUUCCCUCGGCUAUGGAGGUCGCUGUAGCGACAAAUUUAUUGUCGAGGAUUCUGGAUAUAUUGAUAAUUUAAAAGAAGGGUAUGUAGUACUAGCUGAUCGCGGAUUUUUAGUAAAUGAUCUCAUUAAUCUUUGCGAUGCCGAGCUAAAGACACCUGCAUUCAAAAGCGAACGAUCCCAGUUGAGUCAAUUAGAAGUGGAAAAGUGUCGCACACUCUCUAAAGUAAGAAUUCAUGUGGAAAGGGUGAUUGGCACAUUAAAACAACGUUUUUCAAUUUUGAGUGGACCGUUACAUCAUGAAAUGUUUUUCACGGACGAGGAUGAAAUAUGUUUUGUAGAUAAAAUAGUGAAAGUGGCCAGUGCGUUAAAUAAUUGUAAUUUCAGUAUUGUUCCUCGGGAUUGAUAACUUCAUUAUUAUUUAAUGUUUAAAUACAAAUGCAACUGAGUGUUAAUUUGAUGGGAAACCAUUAAUUAAUAACUUUGUUUUUUAGCACACG